AUGACUGAAAAAAAUAAAUUUUAUAUAAUUAUAGUGCUUUUACUCUUUGGAAUUUCUUUCUAUUUAGGUAAGUUAUUUAAUUAUUUUAAAUUAAUCUUUAAUUUAAUGAUAGUUUUCAAAAAAAAAUUUAUUUUUAAAAUUAAAGUUAAAGAAUUUCUUGGCUUUCCUGAUGAUUUAAUUAUAACAAAAUAUUCAUUUAUUCGAAAGGGAUUAAAUUUAAGUGAAGCUGAAUUAUGGGAAAAACAAAAUAAUUUAAAUUUAAAAUAUAUUAAUUUAACUAAAAUGGAUAUUUGGAGAGAAAAUAAUUUAACAAAAUUUUUGUUAAUUGAAAUACCUAAAGAAUGGAAUGGAGAAUGUGGAGGGUUUGCUAAUCAAAUGUGGAGAUUUGCAGUAAUUUAUGUUUGGGGUUUACAAUUAGGUCGUUAUCCUGGAAUUUUUAAUAACAGUGCGUGGACUUGUGAUUCUUUAAAUUUGCCAAAUGAAAUUGAAGAAACAUUUCCUGUUGUUCACAAAAUAUUUAUUUAUUUUAAACCAAAUCAAAUAGAAAAUAAUACAAAAUAUCAAACAAAUUAUGAUGUAAAUGAAAUGAUUAAAUCAAAGGAAAAAUAUUUAAGAAUUCUACCACCUCCACAAAUACAUAAAUUAUUUAAAAAUUAUAGAAACCAAGUUAGAGAAUUAUUUACAUUUUCAAAUAAAGUUAGGACAAUUGUUGACAAAUAUAUUAAUGAAAUAUUUAGAAAUGAUUCUUCCCAUAAAUUAUGUGUGCACACAAGAUUGGGUGAUUUUGGCACGAUUAAAUGGCCUAAACAUCAUCCAUCGAGAAAGGAUUUUACAGAAGAAUCUACAAAAUUUGUUUUUAAUGAAAUAAAGCAAAUAAAUAAGAAUAAAGAAAUUUCUUUAAUUUUACUUGGAGCAGACAAAAAAUUUCUGUCAGAUUUAAAUUUUGAUGGAAUUAAUGUAAAUUAA